CCGGCUCCGCUCCCGGCGCUCCCAGCUGCAAAGUUUGCUCCGCUGGCUGCCGCGGCCCGAGGACGCUGCGGGACCCCUCUUGCCCUGGGACGUUUGCUCCCCGCCUUCCAGCCCCCGCCCCCCGUUAGCGCUCCUCCAGGCGAGGGCCUGUGAAUCUUCCCAGAAACUAGCUGCUCGGCCAGCCGGGGGGAACCAGCGCCCCGAGAAGAUGUGGAAGGUGCCGGUGCUGCUGUUGGUUUGGGGGAGUGCAUUGCUCUGGGCUCCGGCAGGAGGAGCCAGCACAGUCCUGCCAGAAGACGAUGUUACGACCCCAAGUAUGGAAAGUGGCAUGAUGACCCCAGGUGUGGAUGAUAAUACGAUGACCCCAGCUGCCAGUGAACAGUCCCAUAAGCCUGCUGGCUUCACAAGUCAGGUGCCCACCAAUGCAAAGCGCACAGACACUCCUAUAGAGGACCGGCCGACUUCAGAAAGCACAGGCCACCCCCAAGAAGCCCAGAGCACCACAGCCUUGAAUGAGGCCACUAGUCACCCCAGAGGAGACACACAGACAACAGGUGCAAAAGAUGGCUUUUCGACUGGGACCCUGAUUGGAAUCAUAGUUGGCGUCUUACUAGGCAUUGGAUUCAUUGCUGGGAUCAUCACUGUGGUUGUGCGAAAAAUGUCGGGAAGGUACUCGCCCUAAAGAGCUGAAGGAUUGUGCCCUUCUGCCAACAUGUUUAAAAAAGACUUUCCGACCUCCCCUGUCCCUGAGCACAUGGGAGGAGAUGACCCAUGGAAAUGCCUGGCCCCCCCACUCAGAAUCCAUGGUGAUCCCUCCGCCUGCCAAGAGCAACCGCAGGAACGAUCAUCCAUCCACAAGACUUGCUCCUCUAAAUAUUUUGUCUUUUGAGAAACUUCUUUUUAACAUACAAGUUUUGGAAAAGAUGACUUAAAAAACAAAAUGCAUAGGAAAUGGAGCACGCUCUGUAGAUUGAUUUGUCACUCAGACAGACAAUGUAAUUCCAUCGAUGGCAGAUGCCGUAAUCAUGCCUUUGUUCUAACCGUUCUCUGUUAUUGUUAAAAUGCAAAGGAAUCUGGAAAUAUUUAUACCAGCGGAGUCCUUGGGUCUAGUGCUGUGUCAGUAAAUGGCAUCAGCAUUUUGCAAUUUCUGAUCUGUUGAAAUGUACACAUUCCGGUCUGGUUUGGUCUAUCUUUAAAGCCCGAUUUGGUGUGAAUAAUCAAGUGGAAGAAUCUCAACUGGAGCAAUAUGUAAAUCUCACAACAAGCUAACAAGCUACGGGGCAGCCUCCAGGCUUGCUUUCCUUUCCUUUCCAGCGAUGACUUGAUGACUCAAAGGUUAGCUCCUACUUGACCCUCUGCUUCCCUCAGAUGCUGGGGAGCCAGUGGUAAGGGGGUGGCCUUCUCAUUCCCAUGACGCAGGCUCUUCAGAUUGGCUGCUUUGAUCUAGACCAGUUGGUCGCCAACCGGUGGUCCAUGGACCACUGGUGGUCCGUGAGGUCCGAAAGGUUGGCGACCGCUGAUCUAGACUAUGGAGACCUCAGCCCUGAUGGUGGCUCAGGAGGCUGCUGGAGGCCUGGCGGUGCCAGAGGCUCACCUAUCCCAGACACCAAGAACCACGGUGGUCCCCAAACGGAAGGAAGCCCUCCGUGUGCCUCUGGCAUGGGAGCCAGAACCUGCCGGGUUUCUAACAUUCCCUUCCUGCCUUAGAGGGAAUAAUCUUAUAAAAUAUUAAUUGUUUAAAAGCAGCGGGAUUUAAAAACAGAAGAUACUCCCGGUCUUCAUGAGAUCCCACAUACUGCUGUGGGGUCGUAGUUGAAAAAUCAGAAUCAAGGUGCCCAAGCUACUGUUCCGUGUGGGCACCGCCCAGUUCAGCACAUUGCUUCCCAGGGGCCAGCUGAAGGCUUUUUCCUAAACAGAAAGUCUUGACACUUAGCAGAUGCUCCGUCGUGACUGUGUUUGUGCAGAUCUGAUAUCCUGUAAACUUGCACGAGCUCAUCAAACAGGAAAAAGUAAACUAUCAGCGCAGCUGUUCCCCACUCCACCCCCUCCACCCCCCCUUUUU